AGCUCGCCCACAACAACAAGUGUUUUUUUGCCAAAGUGGUAACGCAGUUCAGCUGACAAACACAGAAUCAAUAGUUGAUUUAAAUUGGUGCGUUAUUGAUUGGAAGCUCAAUAAAUCAGAAAUCGUAAACAAAAUGGAGCCGAUGCUUAUACGCAAAGAAAUCAUAAGUGCUGGUAAAAAAUAUAUCGAACUAAAGCCAGGCACCAGGGUGAAGUUCCAUUUCCAAACACGCCGUGUCAACUCCACAAACGUUAUCGAUGACAGCCGCAAGAUGGACAAGCCCAUGGAGCUGGUGCUGGGCAAAAAAUUUAAGUUGGAGGUGUGGGAAGUCAUUGUACAGAAAAUGUCCUUGAAUGAGAUUGCAAAAUUUACAGUGCACAAAUCGCUGUGCACACAGUAUCCAUUCAUAUCGAAGACCCUGCGGGAUAUUGGCGUUGGCAAGAAAAAUGAGGAGCGACGUCACUGUUGCGGCAUGACUUUGCAGAAUGAGGGCAUUGGAUACGAUGAUUUGGAUGACCUGUUGAAGAAACCUGUCGAUCUGGAGUUCAUUAUUGAACUUUUCUCCAUCGAGCUUCCCGAGGAAUAUGAAAAGGAGCGUUGGCAAAUGUCCGACGACGAGAAAUUACUAGCCACCAACACAUUGCGCGAGCGUGGCAAUCGUCACUAUAAAGUGCAACAUUAUACCGAGGCGGAGAACUGUUAUCGCGAAGCUCUAGGCAUGAUCGAGCAGCUCAUGCUAAAAGAGAAACCACACGAUCCGGAAUGGCAAGAACUUGCCUCAAUGAAGACACCGCUGCUACUGAACUUUGCGCAGUGUCGCCUAAUCGCUGCCGAUUACUAUGCGGUCAUCGAGCACUGCAACGAGGUGCUGACCAUAGAUCCAAACAAUGUGAAGGCACUAUUUCGUCGCGCCAAAGCAAACGCGGGCGCUUGGAAUCCCGAUGCUGCGCGACGCGAUUUUAAGGAGGCGCUCAGUCUGGAUGGUGCUCUAAAAUCCACAGUGGCCAAAGAGCUGAAGGCCAUUGAGGAUCAGCAGCGGGAGCGCAACGUGCAAGAACGAGUGUACAUGCAGAAGCUCUUCUAGAAGAUAAGUUGCGCUAACAUAAUGCUCAUGCUCCUCGUCUAUUGGAGCAGUUUUAUGCAGCGAUAGCAGUUAGCCAAACACUUUCCCUUUUUGUUAGACUGCGGACUACUCUGUCGUCUCGUGCCACUCUGCUCCCAAUGCUUCAUUGUAGUCUGCACUCUGUUUAAUCUUGUGCUGUGCUGUCGCGCUCUUUACCAAACAAUAAGGCAGCGAAGAAUGUAGGCUAACCAAAAUCGGAUAAAAAACCAAAACCACAACUAGAAGAACAACAAGCAAGCUUCAGAUAGCUUCGAUUCAUCAAAAUGACUUCAUUUCGCGUUAUUUACAUUCGCCAUUCAAACUAAGUCGUAAGUAUCACUAUAUAUAUGUGUAUAUAUAUAACUAAGUGUGUAUAUGUAUGUAUGCUUGCUGCUAAUUUGCUAAAU